UUUUGCUAUGUAGGAGAGACGAGUUUUACCGCCGGACUUCUUUUGCUUCACCGUCGUUUCUUCUUCUUCCUUGAUCUUCUUCGCGUCGUGUUUCGAUUUAUCCUUUCUAGGUUCACCGAGUUGAUCAUUUGUGAUUUAGGAAUUCUAGUUCUGCAAUCGUAGGAUUUGCGCAUCUCCAGGACUGUCCCUGUUAACAAGGUAGCACAGUUGUGUCAGGAUGUCUUCAGCGCAAGAUCCGUUCUACAUUGUUAAAGAAGAGAUCCAGGAUUCCAUUGAUAAGUUGCAAUCUGCAUUCCACAAAUGGGAGCGUAUCUCUCCCGACAUGGGGGACCAAGCGCAUGUUGCGAAGGAGCUUGUUGAUACUUGUGGAAGCAUUGAGUGGCAGGUAGAUGAGCUGGAAAAAGCGAUUACUGUUGCAGCAAAAGAUCCUUCAUGGUAUGGCAUUGAUGAAGCUGAGCUUGAAAAACGGAGGAGAUGGACUAGUAAUGCUAGGACACAGGUGCGGAAUGUGAAGUCUGGUGUUUUAGCUGGAAAGGUUAGUUCUGGAGCUGGUCAUGCAAAUGAAGUGCGCAGAGAACUAAUGAGAAUGCCAAACUCGAAUGAAGCAAAUAAAUACGAUCAGUAUGGAGGGAGAGAUGAUGAUGGUUUUGUACAGUCAGAAUCAGAUAGGCAAAUGCUGUUGAUAAAGCAACAAGACGAAGAAUUGGAUGAGCUCAGUAAAAGUGUGCAGAGAAUCGGAGGAGUAGGGCUAACUAUACACGAUGAACUCAUUGCACAGGAGAGAAUAAUAGAUGAAUUGGAUACGGAGAUGGACAGUACAAAGAACCGGCUUGAGUUUGUUCAGAAAAAAGUGGGAAUGGUAAUGAAGAAAGCCGGAGCAAAAGGGCAAAUGAUGAUGAUAUGUUUCUUGCUCGUCUUGUUCAUCAUCCUAUUCGUUCUUGUCUUCUUGACCUAAAAAAAAAAAACGAGCUGCACAAUCUUAUAGAUGAGAUUUUAAUGUUACACUUUGUUAUGUUUGUGGUGAAACAAAAGGAAUGUUUACAUAAAGUUGUCUGUUUUUUUCCUUCUA